AUGUCGGCUCUCUUGGGCUACCUCUACACCUUCUUCAAGGGUUACGCCGCCCUCGUCGUCGCCCUCUACAUGCUGUCCUUCGUCGUCCCCAAGGCCGCCUUCGGCGCCCGCGUCCUCGCCUCGUACAUCUGCCUCGCCGUCGCCGCCGGCUACGGCGUCUUCGCCUCCAUCUUCCUGCGCAUCGUCGGCAACCCGGGCAUCGCGCAAUGGACCACCGGCAGGGCCUUCCACUACCUCAUGGCCCUCACCACCGGCAUCACCUUUGAGAUCGAGGACCCCAAGAACAUCCUCGGCACCACGCGCCCCGCCGUCUUCGUCGGCAACCACCAGACCGAGCUCGACGUCCUGAUGCUGGGCGCCAUGUUCCCCAAGUACUGCUGCGUCACCGCCAAGGCCUCCCUCAAGAAGACGCCCAUCCUCGGCUGGUUCAUGACCCUGAGCGGCUCCAUCUUCAUCGACCGCAAGAACACAAAGGACGCGAGGGAGGCCAUGUCCGGCGCCGCCGAGGAGAUCCGCAAGAGAAAGCAGAGCGUCUACAUGUUCCCCGAGGGAACGCGCAGCUACGCCAAGGAGCCCGAGCUGUUGCCCUUCAAGAAGGGCGCAUUCCACCUCGCCGUCCAGGCCGGCGUGCCCAUCGUCCCCGUUGUGUCGGCCAACUACAGCCACAUCCUCUGGCUCAAGGGCCUUGUCUUCAACUCUGGAAAGAUCCCUGUCAAGGUCCUGGACCCCAUUCCCACAACCAACCUGACCUCCGCCGACGUCGAUGAGCUUACCCGCAAGACCCGCGAUCUGAUGGCGGAAGCCUAUCUCAGCCUCUCCGUGCAGGCUCAGGGCAAGCCCAUGAAGGUUUCCAUCACUGAAAAGAACGCCUCCGCGAGGGCCACCGGCACGGACGCCACCGAUACCGUCUCCGCGCUGUGA